CAAUGAUGAUGGAAAUUGCAUCGGCUUUGUUUACAUACAUUUUUCACCAUCAGAAUCCAAAAUUCGCACAAAACCAAAAAGUUAGCAGAAAAAUCUAAAGUUUUGCAGUAAUUUCAUUCAAAUGGCUGCAGGAUGUAGCAAAUCGUUUGCAUCCAAAUACGAGGAAGAGCUAUAUUACGAUGUAGAGUACGAAGACUUCUGUAAAAACUUUGAAUUUUCGAAUUCCUCCUCUUGCUGGAUUUGCAAUGGAUAUUAUGGCCCAAGCUAUGGGGAACCGCUUUGCGGGACGUGCCAUUCUUUUAUUUUCCCAAAUCACCAAAACGAGGAAGCCGAAGGAUUGGUAACGGAACUUUCGGACGAUGAAGAUUCGGGUAAUGAUGAACCGCCGGAAAACGGAUCGAAGGACCGGGCGGAUGAUGACGAUGAUGAUUCCGACUAUGAUCUGGAACGACCUCGGCCAUCGGCUCCUCGUAAUCUGAACCAAUACUUGGACAUGCUAUCGCAGCCCCGGGAUUCCGACGAAUCCCAGCAGAAGAUUUGCUCCCUUCCGGUGGAAGUUCUGCUGUCGAUAUUUUCCUAUCUGGACGAUUUGUCGCUCUGGAACGUGAGCGAGGUGUGCAAACAGUGGAAGCGGAUCUUGGAGGUGCACACCCCGCAGCAGAUGUGGAAGAAGUACACGAAGGAAAGGUGGCCACUGUUCCAGCAGAUAUCGACCAUUCCGAACUGGUUGCACAUGUACGGCGCCCUGAUGAAUUCCUGCUUCUGCCGGACCUGUCUCAUUCAGAUGGCCCUGAAGACGCCAAUGCGCGGUCGAGUCAAUCACAUCCGGGCGAACCGCCUGAGGAGCGACAUCCGAUCCCUAGAUCUGGAUGCCACCGAGGGCAUCGAUGCCGUUGCGCUCGACAACCAGCUGUUCCACUGGCAGGCAUCGAUACUCGGUCCAGCCGGAAGCCCCUACGAAGGGGGCAAAUUUUUCCUCUACAUUGUGAUUCCUUGCUCGUACCCGAUGCUCCCGCCGCAGGUUCGCUUCCUAACCAAGAUCGUACAUCCGAAUGUUUCCCGGCACGGUGACGUGGGAAUCGACAUCAUCCAGCACAACUGGUCACUGGCGUUGACCAUUUCAAAACUACUGCUUUCAGUUCAGAGCUUACUGACGGAUCCUUUUACUCAGAUCUGUAUGGAACCCGAACUGGGAAGGAUGUACGAAAAUGAUCGACCCAAAUUCGAAGCCCUCGCAAGACGAUGGACUUGGAAGUAUGCUAUGUACGAAGUUCUACCACCGCUAGAAGGACUAUUGUAGACAGCGAAAUCCCCUAACCAGGUAAGUCAAAAUUAGGCCACAUAAAUAAGAACCAAGUAGCACUAUAACGCAGGCGUAUGAUAUGUUCAAUUGCUUUUACAACCGCUCGAUCCCUAGGACUUGAAAAAAAAAGUUUCCUAAAGCAUAGUUACUAAAAAAAGGCAGUAAGUGCCCUAUGGGAAUCCUAAACCGUGUAGAUCUGCUAAAGAUGGAAUUAGUUAAGCAAUAAGUUAUUAAGCUAUCAAAGUAGAAACUAUUUAUUUGCCUGAAAUUUGAUUCCGACUAAGAGCCAGCAUGUACAACAAUUAGAUGAGGAAAUCAAAAAAAUCUUAAUUUUUAACUAUUUUCGACUAAUAUUUAACGCAAAAAGUGAAGAAUUUUCAACGUUUUUUGGAUCUUAGUUCUUUCAAACAUGGAUGCUAACGCUUUUGUGGAGCCUCCACUCUCUUCCCUGUAAGCGUUACGUAAUUGACGGGCGGUGCCUAUCAUGAAUACCAAAGAUUGAGACUUCAUGGGGUAGGCCAUCUCUGUCUAUAGCUUUGAGAGCAAAACAAAAAAAAUGAUUAUUGAAGCUUCAUAUUUAAAACAGUAAGGGU